AUGGUCAGAGGAUGCCCGCCUCCCAGCAGGGAGAAGCCCUUCAGGUGCUUGGAAUGUGGGAAGAGCUUCAGGGAGAGCUCGAAGCUCCUCAGCCACCUGCACAUUCACACUGGGGAACGGCCCUACACGUGUAGGGAAUGUGGGAAGAGCUUCAACCAGAGGUCCCACCUGAUCACCCACCAGCACAUCCACACUGGGGAACAGCCCUACAAGUGUGAGGAAUGUGGGAAGAGCUUCAGGUACAGCUCCCACCUGAUCCGACACCAGCACAUCCACACUGGGGAACAGCCCUACAUGUGUGGGGAAUAUGGGAAGAGCUUCACUGAUAGAUCCAGCCUUAUCCAACACCAGCGUAUCCACACUGGGGAACGGCCCUUCCGCUGCAUCGACUGCGGGAAGGGCUUCAAACACAACUCCACCCUCAUCACCCACCGGCGCAUCCACACCGGGGAGAGGCCCUACAAGUGUGGGGAGUGUGGGAAGAGCUUCACCACCAGCUCCAACUUGACCAAACACCAACGGACCCACCA